GCCGGGGCGAGUCGUCGGGGUGAUUUCGGCUAAUUCUAAUCAAUUCUGCACGCACAGUCUCUACAAUGGCAUCCGAAGAAGUUAAUAAUCCGAGGACUUAUUUCGAUAUAAGUAUAGGAGGAGAGGCAGCUGGCAGAAUCUUGUUUGAGCUGUAUGCCAAGGACGUCCCAAAGACUGCUGAAAACUUCAGAGCACUAUGCACAGGGGAGAAAGGAAUUGGAAAGAUGGGCAAACCGCUCCACUACAAAGGCUGUAUAUUCCAUCGUGUGAUCAAGAAUUUCAUGAUCCAAGGUGGGGAUUUCACCAACUUCAAUGGAACAGGAGGAGAAAGUAUCUAUGGAGAAAAAUUUGCUGAUGAAAACUUCACUCACAAACACACCAGCACAGGUCUGCUGAGCAUGGCUAACUCCGGCAAGGACACCAAUGGCUCUCAGUUCUUCAUAACAACCACAGAGACUCCGCACCUGGACAACAAACACGUUGUGUUCGGCCGAGUUCUCAAGGGUAUCGGGUUGCUGAAGGAGAUUGAGAGCUCAAAGACGGGAGAGAAUGAUGUUCCCAUCAGGAGGGUUGAGAUCAGUGAUUGUGGAGAGCUUCAGCCCGGUGAGGAUGAUGGUAUGGCCAUUGUAGACGAUGGAACAGGAGAUGUUUUCCCAAAUUAUCCUGAAGAUUCAGACUUGGAUCUCACGGAUUAUGUGAAGGUCUUGGAGGUUGCCAUGAAGCUAAAAGACUUUGGAAAUGGAAAAUACAAAUCAAAAGAUUAUGAGUUUGCCAUCAGAAAGUAUGAGAAGGCUAUUAGAUACUUGGACACUCUUGAUCUUGAGGGUAAGCUGAAUGAUGUCCCUGAUGAGAAGACCAAGGUUCUACAAAGCUAUCUCCCAUUAAGGCUCAAUGUGGCUGCCUGCAAGUUAGAACUAGACCUCAAUCACGAUGCCAUAGAACAGUGUGACAAGGCUCUUUCCAUUGAUGCAGACAAUGCUAAAGGAUGGUUUAGGAGAGGAAAGGCUCAAAUGAACAUGAAGAAUUAUGAUGGAGCUGUGGAGGACUUUCAAACAGCAUUAUCAAAAGAACCAGAAAACAAAGCUGCAAGCAAUGAACUGAAGAAGGCCAAGCAUUUCAUUCAAGAAAGGAAAAAGAAAGAAAAAGCAGCAUUUGCCAAGAUGUUUUCCAGCUGAUGUUUCUUCAUUCCAAACCGUUUUAAGUGUUUUCUAUGUCUAUAAAUGUUUUAAAUACUCAGAAACAGGGAUAACGGACAGUAGGUUUGUAUACUGUAAGAGUGGAAUAUUUUGUGAUGUGGAAGCGUUUCCGGUAUAACUGGUGCAAAACUCAGCUAAGCGCAAUAAGUUAAAGGGGAGCUAUUGCUGCAGGAGACAAGUGUGUUCUUGUCAUCUUCAGGCCCACUAAAGAAUACAGAGUGAAUCAUGAAACCACCACACUGAUCUUCUUUACCACGUAAACCUUCAGAAUUUAUUUCUAUCUUAUUAAGGAUAAUAGUCUAAUAAAAAUUCCACUUUAAGAAUAGGCUUCUGAGAUGUCCCCACUUUCAAGCUACACACCCAAAUAGUUGAAAUGUUUGGACCAUACUUGUUUGUGUAUUAUUACAUUUAUUUCCAUGUAAUCUUUGUUCAUGUGGCUCUCGAUAAAACUUGUGUUAAUUUCAUAUCAUUAGGUUGAUUCUAAAUCUUACAGCAUGUACUCAAAUUCUUCAAUUCUCUAUCACUUUGAGGCGAUCUUUUUUAAAUCUUUAAAUCAUUAUGAUAUGGGGCCCUAUUUCAUAAAGAGUUACAACUGUAGUAACUUUACCAAACCUUUUAUUCUGAUUGGCCGCUGAGCCCGGUUACCAUGGUAAUUGCCUUUUAUCGUGUUUGAAGUUGCAAUAAUGGAAAAGUUACCAUAGUUGUACAUCUUUAUGAAACAGGCCACAGAACUGAAGUUUUCCUUAAUACAAGUGGAAAUUACUACUUUUACAUUGAGCCAUUAUCUAGUUUCUUGAAACUUCUAUAUUGUAUUUGUUCCAAUGCAAUUUUGGUCAGGAUCCUAUUUGUGAAAGAGUGUUCAAAUGGUUGAUAUUUCAUUCAUGAAUUGAUGAACAAAUCAUUCAGUUAUAUGUAGAGUCUGUGUACCUUAUAAUCUAUCGGGAAAAUGUUUUAGUGUUUUUUAGAUUAUUUGUUCAGUGAUUCACUAUGCAAAGUAUUAUAAUGGUUAUAUGGUGUUUUAGCACAACUUAAUACUAUAUUGCCUGCUUUUCCUGAUCAUUCCAUGUUAAAAUGUAAUAUUAUGCUCAACAGAAAUUCAUGCUUGAUUUAAGAGGGUUUUUUUUUAGCUCGUCUGAAGAUUGUUAAUUGCCAGAUUAGUCUUGCAAAGAAGGGCUCAAAGGGACUAGCAUAAUUUAUCAUAUUUGAACCUUAUUUUUGAUGUAGAGAAGAAUCAUGAUUUAAUGCACAAAUUGGCAUAAUCAAAGAAAUCACACGACUGUGACUUUGUGAUUAUGUUUAUUAUCAUUUUUAUUCUGGCAAAAAAUAAUACAUUUAAGAAAUUUGUUUACAAAGUGUACAUCCACUGGACUGCCAACAUAACUGGUUUCUCAGAGAUAGUCAGUAAUGACAAUUUCACCCUAACAAGUACUUCCAAGUAAGAGUGAAUGCAGUUAAGAGAAUAAGAUGAACACAAAUAUCACUGAAUAAUAUACAUGUAGAGGUUAAAUGUAAGUUUAAUUGUAUUAACUCUAUUCUCUACUAAUAGUAUGUCCAUUUCAGACUGAAGUACCCCUUUGAUAUGAAAUUGUGUAUUAUUGUUGAGGCAGGUGGAUGAAGAGUUUAGUUAAACUGUCAGAUCUCUUUGUAGAAGGGAAGUGUAUUUGUUCAUUUUUGUACCAUUAAAAUGGAACUUUGUA